CCCAUCACUAUAAUUAACUAUGGGAAAAAAUUGAUGAACAUGGCUCUGAAACCAAAUGGACCUGCCCAACUCAAUUCCAACUAAUUUACUGACUUAAUUAUAGUAUAACACUAGUUAAUAGUGGACCAGUGAUAGUGUAUAAAAUUUUGCAGCAAACUGUAUACGGUCCGAGUUUAGUAGUCAAAGUGAAAAAAAUAAAUUCAUAGCUAUAACCAGCCUUUUAUCAUAUACUAAUAGUAUUUUAUAAAGUAGUAUAAUUAACAGACAGUCAGUAACAAUUGUGGGUGCAAUACAAAUUGUUGGGAUUGCAGAAUGAGUUUUCUAAGACGGGAUAAGUCUAAGCAGAACUUGAGACCUUCACCACUCUCUCCUUCCGUGUCGGAUUCCUCUAAACAACCUCCUAUAACUACAACUAUCAAAAAGAAGUCAUUGACUCCCAGUGAGAAUUAUAGUCCUCGGUCCUCGGUGGUUUCCUUGCCUCAAUUACAGAAUAAUAACAAUAAUAAUGAUCAUAACACUACUACUAAUAAUAUAGAUAAUAACACCAACAAUACUCACAAUAACAAUAAUAACUUAAAAGAAAAUUAUCGAGGUUUCCAUGCUAAUAAACGCCCUACAGGCAUAGCCAAUGUUCCACCAUUGUCGCAACCCAUCAAGCCGAGAUUUAAAAAGAAAUCAGGCUCAUUAUUGGGGAAAUUCAUCUAUCUGAGUCGUAAGGAUUCCGAUGGAUCUCAUCAUAAUUUCUUUUCGGAAGAUAGUGGGAAUGAUUCUACUCAUGCAUCUAAUGCUUCCAGUAGACAGAGUUCACAUAAGUUCAGAAUCCCUUCCAUAUCUUUAGAACAUCAUCAUCAUACUCGAUAUUAUCAUCCUCACCAUCCUAACGCUAUUUCUUCUACUCCGCCUAAUUCUAAAUCGUUGACUACUUCUCCACUUCCCCAAUCACAAUCACAACCACAACCACAACCACAACCUCCAUCAUUUGAUUUAAAUCUAAGUGAAAUGCAAGGAAUAGUUAAAGAUGCAGAUUCCAAUGCUUCUACUAGUAGAAAGAAUAGUGCACAAGAACUGGGAGUAGCCAAUGGUAAGGAUUUAAUGACGGCUCCAAGUAGUAUUUGGAAAGCACCUGAUAGUUGGGAUGUUAAAGUAGAUGGACCUGUAAAGACAGGAGAACUUGUAGUAUCUGAUUCAGAUGAUACGGAUGAAAAGGGAACGAUUAAUAAUGAUUAUCCUCACAAUCACCAUGAUCAUAAUCAUGUUCAUCAUGUUAUACAUCAUCAUCAUAAACCUCAUGUGCCUCAUGCUCAUUUACCUAAUCUAUAUGGAACUCAUCAACAUUCUCAUGUAGUCCCCAUCGACCCCAGUGGGAAACCUACCAAUCAUAUUGUUCGAGUGUUUCGAGAAGAUAAUACAUUUACCACCAUCUUAUGUCCGCUAGAAACAACUACGGCUGAUUUAUUAAAGAUUGUCCAAAGAAAGUUCUUUCUCGAAUCCAUAUCCAAUUAUCAAAUCUCCGUAUGUAUAGGGAAUUGUGUGAAAGUAUUAGAAUCAUUUGAAAAACCCCUAAAGAUUCAAAUGGGUUUACUUAUGCUUAGUGGAUAUACUGAUAAUGAUAAUUUAAAAAUCAUUGGCCGAGAAGAUUUAUCAUUUGUGUGUAAAUUUGUGGUGGAGAAUGUGUUUUUAAGAAACUUGACUCAUGAUGAAGAAGUCAUGUUAUCGAAAGAUUAUGUGGAUGUCAAUAUAUCAGGACUUAAUUUAAAGAACAUUCCCAUAAUCUUUCAUCAACAUACGUAUGAGAUUGAAAAGUUAAAUGUAGCAGAUAAUCCGGCCAUAUAUAUCCCAUUAGACUUUAUACAAUCAUGUAAUAACUUGACGAGUAUAGACUUUUCCAAGAAUGGAUGUUCAAAAUUCCCCAUGAAUUUCCUUGAAGCUAAGAAAUUGAUUACUCUUAAUAUAGAAAAGAACUUUCUCGAUGAAUUACCAUCAAAGAUUAAUCAUUUGAAGAAUCUUGUCCAUUUGAAACUUAAUCUGAAUCAGUUAUCUUCAUUACCGAAAUCAUUUGGAAGAUUGAAGAAUCUCGAGACUUUGAACUUAUCGUCGAAUUAUUUUAAUAGUUAUCCGGAAGCCAUAAGUGAAUUAACCAAUAUAAAGGAUUUGGAUUUCUCCUAUAAUGAUUUAUCCGAGAUUCCUGAAUCCAUAUCGAAAUUAACGAAAUUAACUAAACUUAACUUAUCGACUAAUAAACUCAGUAAAUCAUUACCACCAUACUUCACACAAAUGAUAAGUUUAAAGCGAUUAGAUAUUCGAUAUAAUCAAUUAUCUAAUGUCGAUGUGCUUGGAUCUUUACCUAAUUUAGAAGUCACCUAUGCCUCGAAGAAUAUGAUUACUACUUUCAGUGAUAAAAUGGAAUCCCUUCGUUUAUUACAUUUCGAUAGAAAUCCUAUAACCAACUUACAAUUUGAGAAUCUCUUGGAAUUAUUAACUAUUCUUGAUUUAUCUAAAGCCAAAAUCACUUCUAUACCUGGAGAAUUCAUUACGAAGAUCCCCAAUGUCGAGAAGUUUGUGCUUGAUAAGAAUCAUUUGGUUAAUUUACCUAAUGAAUUGGCUACUUUAUCUAAAUUGGCUUCAUUGUCUUUAUACUCAAAUAACUUACAAGUGUUACCUUCCAAUAUCGGACAAUUGACGUCUCUUCAGUAUUUGGAUCUUCACUCCAAUAACUUACAGAGUCUUCCCGAUGAUAUCUGGAAGUUGAACUCUCUUGCGGUAUUGAAUGUCUCGUCGAAUAUCUUGACGGCAUUGCCCAAACCUCCAUUAUCACUUGCGAAGAGAAUCUCUUCUACGGCUAAUUUCAGAACUUCAUUAUCUGACUCACUUUUGGUAUUAACACUAGCCGAUAAUCGAUUAAAUGAUGAAUGUUUCAGUUCCAUAUCAUUUAUGGUCCUGUUGAAGGCCCUAAACUUAUCGUAUAAUGAUUUACUUGAGAUCCCCGAGGGGGCCCUAAGAAGACUCACCAAAUUGAAUGAAUUGUAUAUCUCAGGAAAUGAAUUGGCUACUAUUCCUGCCGAUGAUUUAGAGAACUUAAAGGCCUUAAAGUUGUUAUAUCUUAACAAUAAUAAGUUGGUAACCUUACCAGCGGAAUUAAGUAAAUUAACUAACUUACAACAUUUGGAUGUAGGAUCUAAUCAAUUAAAGUAUAACAUAUCCAAUUGGCCAUACGAUUGGAAUUGGCAUUGGAAUAAGAAUUUGAAAUAUUUGAAUUUCUCGGGAAAUAAACGAUUUGAAAUUAAACAAAGUCAUGUUAAGAAUCCUGAAACUGGUGAAGAUUUCGAUAGUUUAUUAGUAUUAAAACAUUUAAAAGUAUUAGGAUUAAUUGAUAUUACUUUAACUACCACUUCAGUGCCUGAUCAAAGUGCCGAAAUGAGAAUUCGAACCACUACUUCGGAAUUAGAUAAUAUUGGAUAUGGAGUAUCUGAUUCAAUGGGGAUGAGAGAAUUUGUAUCUAAUCGAGAUGUAUUUAUUCAAAAAUUUAGAGGUAAUGAAAAGGAAGUAUUAAUUUGUCAAUUUGAUGGGAAAAGAGGUAUGCCUAAUCAAGGUCAUAGAAUAUCUUCAUUAACUAAGAAUUUGUUUGUCCCAUUAUUUACUAAUGAAUUAAAUAAAAUUACUGAUGAUGGAGAGAUUAAAGAUGCAUUAAGACGAACAUUUUUAAAUCUUAAUAAAGAAGUUAAUGGGAUCUUAUCGGCCAAGAAGAAUGGAUCUUUUAAUCCUAAUCCUCAAUUACUUAAAGAUGCACUUGACUUAAAUCUUUCCGAUGAUGGGAAUGCUGGUUGUGCAGUGACAGUCAUUUAUAUUAAAGAUAAAAAACUUUAUACCGCCAAUAUUGGAGAUAUUGAAGCUAUCUUAUCUCGUAAUAAUGGUGAUCAUAUAAUGCUUACCAAUAAACAUGAUCCAACCACCAGAACAGAAUUUGAAAGAAUUAGAGCUUCGGGAGGUUAUGUGUCUGGAGAUGGAGCAUUAGAUGGAGAUUUGCCAAUUUCAAGAGGGGUAGGAUUCUUUAAUUAUUUACCUCAUACACAUUCAGGUCCUGAUAUAUUUGAAUUAACAUUAACUUCAGCUGAUGAUAUGAUUGUAGUGGCUACAAGAUUAUUAUGGGAAUAUAUAUCUUAUGAAUUUGCCGUAGAUAUCUUAAGACAAGAGAAGGAUGAUCCUAUGCUUGCCGCUCAAAAAUUAAGAGAUUAUGCUAUUUGUUAUGGAGCUUCCGAUAAAAUCGCCGUAAUAGUUAUAACUUUAGGUGAACAAAAAUCUAAUCGAACUCGAUUUGGUUCUAAUGCUUUAUAUAAUAAUUUAGGUAGAGAAGGAGAUAUGCUGUUUAGUAAAAAGAGAAGAGAUAGACCAGCGGUUACGGGAGAUUCAUCAUUAAGAAGAUUAGAAGAAGAAAUUGAACCACCCAUUGGAGAAUUGGCUCUUGUAUUUACUGAUAUAAAGAAUUCAACUUUACUUUGGGAUACUUAUCCUGCACCCAUGAGAUCAGCUAUCAAAACUCAUAAUUCAAUAAUGCGUCGUCAAUUAAGAAUUGUUGGAGGUUAUGAAGUUAAAACUGAAGGUGAUGCAUUUAUGGUAUCAUUUCCUUCACCUACUUCUGCAUUAUUAUGGUGUUUUAAUGUUCAACAAAAUUUAUUAACGGCUGAUUGGCCUAGUGAAAUCUUAGAAACUGAUCAAUGUUGUGAAGUUACUGAUGGUAAAGGCAAUAUAAUCUUUAGAGGUUUAUCAGUUAGAAUGGGGAUUCAUUGGGGUUCUCCAGUAUGUGAAGCAGAUGUAGUUACUGGUAGAAUGGAUUAUUUUGGUCCUAUGGUUAAUAGAACUUCAAGAAUAAGUGCUGUAGCUGAUGGAGGACAAAUUGCUGUAAGUUCAGAUUUUCUUGAUGAAAUUAAAGCUCUUUAUAAAAUUCAUGAGAAUAUUGAAAAGGGUCAAACAACUUUAAGUGAAGCUUAUCAAGGAAAUCUUCAAGCAGGAGAAAUUAUUGAACGAGAAAUAUCUUCAAUUGAAGAAAGUGGUUCAGAAUAUUUCACCUUGGGAGAACGCAAAUUAAAGGGACUUGAAACUCCAGAACCAAUAACUUUAGUAUAUUCUGAGAAAUUAAAAUUAAGAUAUGAAUUCUUUCAAAAGAGAAUGUCUCAAUCGGAACAAUUCGAUCUUAGUACAAGAAUUGUAGGAGCUUUACCAGUAGAAACAAUUUAUGGACUUCGAACAAUUUCUUUACGAUUAGAGAAUAUUUGUUCGACAUUAAAUGGGAGUCAUUCAGUUAAUGAAACAUUUCAAAAUUCUUCAGGAGUUAUAUCAGAAAAGAUGAAUACGACAUUUAAAGAAAGUGAUUUAGUAGGACUUUUAAAUCAUAUUGUUACAAGAAUUGAGACUUGUAGUGCGACAUUAUUCUUACGUCAACAAAUGAGUAUAACUACUGGUAAAGGUGGAGGAUUCGAACCUUCGAAGCCAAUUGGGAAAGUUAUGGAUGAACUUGAACAAUUAGUGCAAUUACUUAAGGGAGAACUUUCUCGAGCCCAUUAA